AUGACAGACACCACAGAGUCCCGAAGUCAUACAGACGUCGACAUUGAAAGCCUCGAGAAACAUGACGUUCCACAGGACAAAAUUGGUAACAAUGACGAUCUGCAAAAACCUGAAGAAUCGCAACAACAUGCCUACGCUGCGCCAGAAGUACCUGAAGGUGGUACAAAGGCAUGGUUAGCCGUUCUGGGAGCUUCUGCAGCGUUAUUCACCUCUUUCGGCUGGACAAAUUGUAUUGGCUUGUUUCAGGAUGAGUAUCAAUCGAAUCAGUUGAAGGAGUAUUCGAGUUCGACUGUUUCGUGGAUUACGUCGGUGCAAUUUUUCUUCAUGUUGGCUAUGGCCCCCGUGGCAGGCAAAAUAUUUGAUAGCUACGGUCCCCGCAUCCCACUAUUCGCAGGAUCAGUUGCGCAUGUCUUUGGACUGAUGAUGACUAGUCUAUGUAAGGAAUACUAUCAGUUCUUCCUCAGUCAGUCUGUCGUCUCUGGUAUUGGCGCAAGUUUUAUUUUCACGCCGGCCCUAUCAGCUCCACAAACAUAUUUUCGCAAACGCCGCGGUGUCGCCGCCGGCCUGAGUGUAGGAGGCUCCUCCCUCGGAGGCGUUAUCUUCCCCUUAAUGGUGCAACACCUCCUGCCCCAAGUCGGCUUUGGGUGGACAAUGCGAAUCUGUGCCUUUCUGAUUUUGGGUAUGCUCGUCGUUGCGAAUGUGUGUAUUAGUUCGGCUCUGCCACACAAACCUCGGCCCUUUCACUUUAUGCAGUACAUUGCGCCAUUGAAAGACCUUAACUUUUUGGUGUUGUGUAUUUCGGAGUUUUUUAUGUUCUUGGCCAUGCUUAUCCCCUUUGAUUUUAUUGUGACUGCCGCCAUCAGAUAUGGCAUGAGUACGUAUCUGGCGUGGUGUCUUGUCCCGAUUUUGAACGGUGCUAGUCUCAUCGGCCGAACCCUCCCCAACUACAUCGCCGACAAAUCCGGCCGCUUCAACGUUAUGACCAUGAUGUCCGGCCUCUCCACCAUCCUGGUCCUCGCCCUUUGGUUGCCAGGCCACAACAACGCCGCCAUAAUCUGUUUUGCCGCCUUCUUCGGUUUCAGUUCUGGCGGUGUUAUUGGUCUGGGCCCCAGUCUGAUUGCGACCAUCUCCCCCAUGAACGAGAUUGGGUUUAGAAUGGGCGUGUUCAUGGCUUUCGUGUCAAUUGGUGCGUUGGCAGGACCGCCUGCGGCUGGUGCGAUUAUAUCGGCGGAUAAUGGAAGUUAUACGUUUGUUGCGGUGUUAUCGGGGUUGUGUUUUGCGAUUGCGACAAUAGGGAUGGCGUUUUUGAGGGUGAGGCUGGUGGGUGUUAGUUUGAAGGCGAAGAUUUAG